CACCAAAGCAGAGGCAAGAAGUAGCAUGAUGUACAUUUCAUAUAUUGUCGUAGUCUUGUCUUUAAUAGAAUUUGCUAACACACACUAUGCAGAAGUAGAAGCUCCAUGGAAAAUACAAAGUCGCGAAGCACACUCGUUCCUCAAAGCUCCAACUAAAAACAAAAGAAGUGAUCCCGCUUGCAAUGAAGACGAGCAUUAUUGUGAAGCUGCAGAAAACAAAGCCAAUUGUAUGAUGCACAACGAACAGACUCGGGAGCAUUAUUGUGGCAUGGGUCAUACAUGUACUGCAACACAAGCUUGUUACCUAGCUACACCCUGUCCAGCACAUUACACAUUAGGCUGUACAGAUGAUCAGUGCCUGUCAUUUCCAUGCCAUAACGGAGCCACGUGCCAAGAUACAAGUACCAGCUAUAACUGUCAAUGUGUUCCAGGCUGGGAUCCAGCAACCGAUUGUGCUGAAGAUUUUAACGAAUGCCAUGUUGUUCCCUGUUUAAAUGGAGGGUCGUGUAACAAUCUAUUUAAUGAUUUCACGUGUGACUGUACCGGCAGAUACGAAGGAUAUGUGUGUGAAACAGACUGUAGACCAGGUCCUGCAGACAUCGUAUUUGUAGUGGAUACAUCGGACAGCUUGAAAAAUGGUAUUAAUAAAAGCAUUGACUUUAUCAAUCAAUUCAUCAGCAAAGUUCCUAUUGGUCCAAAUGAUUUCCAAAUUGGUGCUAUAGCCUAUAACUUUAAUUCCACAGUACUAUUUGAUCUCGAUGACUACACAUCGGUUUCUGAUAUGAAUGCUGUUUUAAAGACUGUCAAAGGAGAGGAAGCUGCCACUUACACAGCUAAGGCAUUACAACAAGCUCGUGAGAUGAUAACAAGCUAUUCCAAGGGAUCACGUGGUACAACAAGCUACAUUGUCCUGAUGCAUGACGGUCUGUCAACAGACAGGAAUGAGGCUUUCUACGAAGCACAAAUAAUAAAAUCAAUGGGUAUACGUAUUCUAUCAGUAGGAAUCGGACAGUCGAUUGCAUAUACAGAGAUGUUGACUAUUUCAAAAAGUCCGUUUUAUACUUUUAGUCCAAAUCAUCUAGAGGAUAUGUAUAACCAGAUUCUCAAAGAAACAGUUCAUACUGAUUGUACAGAUUGCAACUUGGAGGAAGAUGCUCAGGUAAUAAUUCUUCUUGAUACAAGCGGCAACCAAACGAUAACAAAUUUCAACGAUCGUCUAACAGCCACACGAAAGAUCAUAGACAAAAUGUUAUCAUAUAACCCAAGUGCUAGUAUCGGCAUGUAUUCAUAUUCAGACGAACCGGAAGAGGUGUUUUCUUUAACAUGGUCAGGUGACAAAGAUAAACGUAUCGCAGCAGCGCUACAAAUUGACCUUGACAUCCAUUCAUCAUCAAACCUUAGCCAUGCCUUGCAACAUAUACGAAUAAGUAACCAGUUCACAUCACUAAGAAAGAUGGUGGUAAUUGUUUCAAAUGGACUAUGGACUGAUAUGGAUGAAAUAAAGAAAGAAGUCUCGUAUUCUGAAGAACAUGGCAUAGAAGUAAAUGGCGUUGUUGCUGCAGACGACAAUGUUAUUGAAAACUUUCAGACAGUAUUGCAUGAUCCUAGUAAUGUGUUUUAUACAGAAGGUGACGACUUCAGAGCAUUAGACUCACUCACUGCAAUGACAAAAUAUUAUAUUUGUGUUGACAAUAUAUUUAGUACUCGGCAAUAAAUGUAUUACUUGUUUUAUGUUUUCUUAGAGAACAAAUAUAUGCUGUAACUUU